UCUCCCUCUUCCUUCCUCUCUUUUCUUCCUCCCUCAACAUCUUAUUCCAACUCUUUAUCUAUCACAGGUGAAUCGACUCUCCAAUCACCAUUACCAUCUCCCACUAAUCUCCUCAUUGUUGAUUCCCUAUAUCAACCGUACCAAAAAAACAAAUCAAAGGAUGAAAGUUUUGAUGCAAUAUUUUCUUAGGUGCCAUUUAUAAAUCUUAAGAUAAAUCAUUUACUAAUCUAUUUAUAGAACUUUCACUACAAAAACCAUGUGAACACUACGACCCCCAGACAAAACUAUCACUAUCAAAUCUAUAAAAUCUCAUGAAGUUACAUAACUUCCGAGAAAAAAUUUCAUCAUUUCAGGGAUAUUUUCUUGAGUUCAAGAACAACAAAGAUUCAUGUUGAAUUGGAGAAAAUUGGAUAUUUCAGACAGAACCAUGUUGGCUGCUCGAUCAAAAGUAUGGUGGUUGAUAUUUACAGCUAUAACGAUGAUUGGAUUCUUUGUCGUGGUAUCUGCGCUUGUUGCAGCAGAACCAAGUUCGAGUCCUAAUCAAGCUCCGGAGAACAACUAUGUUAGGAAAGCACUCAUGUUCUUAGAGCUUAACAAUAGACAACGUUAUGAACAUCAAUGGCCGAACAUGAGAUUUUGCUGGCAAAUUGUGGUGGGUUCAGUACUUGGAUUCCUUGGGGCUGCAUUUGGGAGUGUUGGAGGUGUUGGUGGAGGAGGUAUUUUUGUUCCCAUGCUUGCCUUAAUCAUUGGGUUCGAUCCCAAAUCAUCAACAGCAAUCUCUAAAUGUAUGAUUACUGGUGCAGCAGCUGCAACAGUGUGCUACAAUAUAAGGCAAAGGCAUCCUACACUUGAAUUGCCUCUUAUUGACUAUGAUUUGGCCCUUCUAUUUCAACCAAUGUUGGUUUUAGGAAUUAGUAUUGGGGUUGGCUUCAAUGUGAUCUUUGCUGAUUGGAUGAUCACAGUUUUGCUAAUUAUUGUCUUCAUAGCUAUGUCAACUAAGUCAUUCCUCAAAGGUAUUCAAACAUGGAAAAGGGAAACAAUAAAGAAAAAGGAAGCUGCAAGGCAUCUAGAAUUAAAUGGUGAGUUAACCCAACAUGAAGUUACCACAGAAAGCAAAGAAGGAAAACCCAAGGUGUCUCUUAUUGAGAACAUAUGCUGGAAAGAACUUGGACUUCUCGUUGUUGUUUGGAUUUUAAUCCUUGCUUUACAGAUUGCAAAGAAUUAUUCGACAACAUGUUCAGCAGAAUACUGGGUAUUGAAUUUCUUACAGAUCCCGGUGACAGUGGGUGUAUCAUCAUAUGAAGCAGUGUUCCUUUACAAAGGGCGGAGAAAAAUAGCAUCCAAAGGGGAUGUAGUGGCUAACUGGCGAGUUCACAAGCUUGUGAUUUAUUGUGGAUUUGGUGUUUUGGCUGGUGUACUUGGUGGGAUGCUUGGUCUUGGAGGUGGCUUCAUCUUGGGUCCUCUUUUUCUUGAGAUGGGAAUCCCCCCUCAGGUAUCAAGUGCAACAGCCACUUUCGCAAUGCUAUUUUCAGCAUCAAUGUCGGUAGUUGAGUAUUAUCUUCUGAAAAGAUUUCCAAUUCCCUAUGCUCUUUACCUUGCUGGGGUGGCCACAAUUGCUGCAUUUGUUGGGCAACAUGUUGUGGGAAAAGUCAUCAAAAUACUGGGGAGAUCAUCCAUAAUCAUCUUCAUUCUUGCUGGGAUGAUCUUCGGCAGUGCCAUUUCAUUAGGUGGGUUAGGCAUUGCAAAGAUGAUCAAAAGGAUUGAGAGAAAGGAGUAUAUGGGAUUUGAAGACAUUUGCUCGUAUCGGCCUUAGUAGCAAAAUCUGAAUUCUAUUCAAUACCAGAGGCGAAUUGAAUUACAAAUCUCCUUCCCUUAAUUCUUAAGAUACAAGACAAAUUCAUGGCACCCAUAAGCUGUGUUUCAGAUUUGGCUUAUAGACAAGCCUCAGCAUCCAUUUCCUUUCCUAUUUUUUUUUUUGACUAAUUUCCAAUUUUUUCCCCUUAAUUGUUAUUAUCGGUAUUAUUUAUGAUUACUUACUGAAAAAAAAAUCACAUGUAAUAAUUAAUGAGACUUAAUUGCACCAAA